UCGAUACGUUACUUCGUCAUGGCUACCGCCUCACUCCUACCACUUCCGUCGAAGGAGACACUGGUGAAAGAAUUUGUGGGCAAGUCCAUCAAAGACGUAGCUACACCAGCUGCCGUGCUUGAUCUCCAAAAGUUGAAGAGCAACUGCAGUCGCAUGUUGGAGGCGGUUGAGUCAUUGGACUGUGGAUGGAGAGCCCAUAUCAAGACUCAUAAGACAACUGAGCUCACAAAGCUUCAAGUUGGUGAUGGCCCAGGACCCGUCAACCUCAUUGUAUCGACAAUCGUCGAAGCCGAAAAUCUCCUUCCACUACUGCUUGAAUACAAGUCAGCAGGACGAGUCGUCAACCUCCUCUACAGCUUCCCCGUAACCCCAUCCGCAGUUCCCCGGCUCACAUCUAUCGCCGCAGCCCUAGGUCCUCACACCCUAUCCCUACUAAUCGACCACCCUACACAAUUCCUCUCCGUAUCCUCCAUCCCGACUCCCACAUCCCUCUUCAUUAAGAUCGACAUGGGCGGCCACCGCGCCGGUGUAACCCCCAACACAGAAUCAUGCUCUCAACUUAUUUCCUCGGCCCUCGCUCUUGAAGCAACCGGCACAGCCUCCCUCCUCGGCCUAUAUUCCCAUGCCGGUCAAUCCUAUGCUGGAGAUGGCCAACUCGUAGCCCUCGAUUUACUACGCCAAGAAUUCGAAGCCCUCCUCCUAACAUCCACCUCAAUCAACUUCCCGACAUCCACCCACCAUCCCCUCGUCCUCUCCGUCGGCGCAACCCCAACCACAACCUCAAUCCGCAACCUCCUCCUCCCCACCAUCUCGCUCCCUUACUCAGCCGCUCCAUCAGUCGCCGCACUCAAGGCCACAAUCCUUGCCAUCAGAAACUCCGGCUGCAGCAUCGAGAUCCACGCCGGUGUCUAUCCAACCCUGGACAUCCAGCAACUCAGCACGCGCGCCCUGCCCUCAGCCCUACUAGGCUGGGACGACAUGGCGCUGACCAUAAUCGCGGAAGUCGCGUCCCUGUAUCCGGGCCGCGGGGCUGGGGGAAGUACGGAGGCGCUUCUUGGAGCCGGUACGUUGGCGCUGGGGAGAGAGCCGUGUAAGGCGUAUCCAGGGUGGGGCAUUGUGACGCCGUGGAAUAGGCAGGGUGUUGAGAUGCCGCGUGAGGGGCCCGAGAAGCAUGCAGGCUGGAUUGUGGGGCGCACGUCGCAAGAACAUGGGAUUCUGACGUGGGGUGGGGAGGUCGGGGGUGAGGAUGUGUUGACGGUGGGGCAGAAGGUUAGGGUUUGGCCAAACCAUGCGUGUAUUGCGGGUGUGGGGUAUGGGUGGUAUUUGGUUGUUGAUGGCGGUGAUGAGAUUGUGGAUGUUUGGGUGAGGUGGAGGGGUUGGUGA